UUUUAUUUUACAGAGCAUCAUUCUCUGCAGUAUAUUUACACUGCGUCAUCGGGAAUCAAAAGCUUUCCAGAGUUUGUGGCUGUUGGUCUGGUUGAUGGAAACGAGGUCAUGUACUAUGACAGCAACACCAUGGAAGCAAUCCCCAAACAGGCCUGGAUGAUUAAAGUCACAGAGGAUGAUCCACAUUACUGGGAGUUUCAAACUCAAGGACUAUUUGGAACCCAGAAAUCUUUCAUAAACAGCAUUGAAGUCGCAAAGAAACGAUUCAACCAAACUGGAGGUUUGUCAGGUGUUCACAUCUUCCAGAACCUGUAUGGCUGUGAGUUUGAUGAUGAAUAUAAAGAAGUUCAAGGUUGGGAAAGCUUUGGUUAUGAUGGAGAGGACUUCAUAGCAUUUGACCUGAAAGCAGAGAGAUGGUCUGCUCCAGUACAUCAGGCUUUCAUCACCAAAAACAGAUGGGACAAUGACAAAAUGAAGGUGACCGAAACAAAGUACUACAUCACCCAGACGUGUCCUGAUUGGCUGAAAAAGUAUUUGGAGUAUGGGAAACACUCUCUGGUGAGAACAGAUGUUUCCUCGGUGUCUUUCCUCCAGAAGUCUCCAUCUUCUCCAGUCAGCUGCUUCGCUACAGGUUUCUAUCCCAGCAGGGCUGAAAUGUUCUGGAGGAAAGGGGAAGAGGAGAUUCAUGCUGGUGUGAAUGAAGGAGAAAUCCUCCCCAAUAAUGACAGAACCUUCCAGAUUAGUGUUGAUUUAGAUCUGUCAUCUGUUCCACCUGAAGACUGGACAAAGUAUGAAUGUGUGUUUCAUCUCUCUGGAUUCAAGUGUGACGUUGUCAACAGACUGGAGAAAUCAAAAAUCAGAAUCAAUGUCGAAGAAAAGCCAAAUGUGUUGGAAGUCCCUAUAAUCGCAAUUACAGUCUCAACUGCUGUAACAAUACUCGUUUUAAUGGUUGCUGUGGGUUUUCUCUGCAGAAAGCGUGAA